UAUAAAUGUAUUGACUUCACUUCAUCAUUUAUUCAUAAUUCAUCCUCACAUCUAAUAAUUUUUAAGUCUCCUUCUUCUCUACCAUUCUCUCCCCUUUUGCGAGUCAAUAUGACUAAGUUCACAACCAUUUUCAUCGUGGCUCUCCUUCUUUGCUCUACGCUAACCUACGCGGCCAGGCUGACUCCCACGACAGCCACCGCUUCGUCCAGAGAUAUCUCCGUCAAGGAAAUUGAGGCAGACAAGGCUGAAGAAGAAAGCUGCAACGGAAUUGGAGAAGAAGAGUGUUUGAUAAGACGAACCCUUGUUGCUCACACCGAUUAUAUUUACACUCAGAAUCACAAGCAUUAGAUUUCUCAUUUCUAUAUAUCAGAUAUUAUUAAUUAACUAAUAUUAUCAAACCAUAUAUGAUAUAUGGCUAUAUAUAUCAUCACUCUACUUCCUGUUUUGUUCUUGUUUUUGCUAUUUUAAUUUUAAUUUUUUUUUGUGGGUUACUUUGAGAGAGUUCCUAUUAUUCACACUCGUUGUAUGAUUUUAUGGAUUUUUAAUAUAGCUAUUAUAAGUAUAUUUUUAUA